AUGGAAGCUCGUUCCUCAACCUCCGCAAAUCCUCCCAGCGUGGAAAUCGCCUACAAGCGCAAAUGUAUCGCGCUAAAGAAGCGCCUUGCCGAAGUCGAGGUCGAGAAUGACAUGAUCCGCACCCGUAAUCGUCGUGGCUGGCAAUACAUUCAAAAAAUGCGCCUGGAGUCUUGUAUGCUGCUGGAACGUCUCGCUAAGGUCACUAGCAUGGCCAACGAGGCUCAGUCCGGUGCUGCGAACCCGGAAUUGCGCGCCCGUGCGGCGGCGAUGAUGAAUGAUUCUGGUUCGAUGAAUGGUUCGGGUGCAGGACAGGCUGGCAAUGGGAGAUAUUUCGAUGAUGAGACCGAGGGUAGCUCGGAUGAGCAGCCGCGGACUCCCGAAGAACGUCCCCUCCGUGUCAAGCGCUCCCGCAAAUCCAACCUUCCGGUCGAUGGCGGCGACGAGGAUCACCCUGCUCAAGACCACGCCAAUGAGCCUGUAGAUCAUGAGGGAGGUGGUGCGUUGCCCCGUCUUGCCCCUGCUCCAAGUCAGCAGGAUCUUACUUCUUCAUUCCGUGUCCAGACCGGUAGCAAUGGUUCUGCUCAUGAAGGCGAGCAGACACCCCACAGUCAAGAUAAUCGCGAGGGCCACUCAGAGCAUGCACAUGCUGAGGCCGCUGAUUCGGGGACUACGCCUAUGGAUAUGGAUACGGCUGAGCCUAAGGCUGAGGAGUAA